AUGGUUGGCUUUGACAAUUACAAAGAUAAUAAUAAUCUUCCUCUUUCGCACCCAAUCAGUCCGCACCCAGUCAGUCGUUUUCAUCCUUCUCAUGCCUCCACGCCUGUUUUGAAUGAUCAAGAAGCAUCAAGAGAAACAAUAGGAGAUCAUCAGGAAGAUACUCAGCCAUGGAUGAUGGUUAAUCAUCAAAGAAAACCAUCACUUUCAAUGCCAACCUCACCAAAUAUUCUCAUGAUCACCGAUCCGACAUCUUCUUCUUCCGACACCAACAGCAACAACGUUGGUUCCACUGGCAAAUCCGUCAAGUUCCUCUCUCAGCCGAUGAUGACCAAAGUCUCCUCUCUCUACAUAGACACCGGUAACGAAAAUGAUGGUCAACAUCGUAGUGAUAAUCAUUAUCAGCAUCGUCAUCAUAAGAGCGUUCAUCACCAUGACCUUAAACCGGCGGUGAAUAAGCUUAAGGAUCACAGGUACAAUUCGUUCAAGACUUGGUCGGGGAAACUCGAGAGACAAUUCACAAGAAAACCAGCUAUUGUUGAACCGGAGUCACCAACCGGGGAUAAACAGAAGGUGCAUAACAAUGAAGCCAUGCCUGUGGACCGUUACUAUGAUGCCUUGGAAGGUCCUGAACUGGAGACUCUCCGGCCUCAAGAAGAGAUAGUUCUACCAAGUCAACAAACGUGGCCGUUUCUUCUCCGUUACCCGAUCUCCUCCUUCGGUAUGUGCCUCGGAGUGAGCAGCCAAGCCAUAAUGUGGAAAACCCUAGCCACCGCGGAGCCAACCAAGUUCCUCCACGUACCUCUAUUGAUCAACCAGGUGCUCUGGUUCAUCUCCGUCGCUUUAAUCUUCACCAUUGCCACCAUCUACCUCCUCAAGAUCAUCCUCUACUUCGAAGCCGUACGCCGAGAAUACUACCAUCCGAUCAGAGUCAACUUCUUCUUCGCUCCUUUCAUUUCUUUACUCUUCUUAGCCCUCGGUGUCCCACCUUCCAUAAUUACAAAGUUGCCACACUGGCUUUGGUACCUCCUCAUGUUUCCUUUCAUCUGUCUCGAGCUCAAGAUCUACGGUCAGUGGAUGUCCGGUGGUCAACGCAGGCUGUCCCGAGUCGCAAACCCGACGAACCAUCUCUCGGUCGUCGGGAACUUUGUCGGGGCCUUGCUUGGUGCGACCAUGGGACUUAAAGAAGGCCCAUUAUUCUUCUACGCUGUUGGGAUGGCUCAUUACUUGGUUCUGUUCGUGACUCUCUACCAAAGACUACCGACCAACGAGACUUUGCCUAAAGAUCUCCACCCUGUCUUCUUCCUCUUUGUCGCGGCUCCAAGCGUCGCGUCCAUGGCUUGGGCUAGGAUCACUGGCUCCUUCGAUUAUGGCUCCAAAGUUUGUUACUUCAUCGCCAUAUUCCUCUAUUUCUCUUUGGCUGUUCGGAUUAAUUUCUUCCGUGGAAUUAGAUUUUCGCUGUCUUGGUGGGCGUACACAUUUCCGAUGACCGGAGCUGCAAUUGCAACCAUCAGGUACGCAGCAGUGGUGAGGACCACCAUGACUCAAGUCAUGUGUGUGGUCCUCUGUGCCAUUGCGACGCUAGUCGUUUUCGCGCUGCUUGUGACCACCAUCAUCCACGCCUUUGUCCUCCGCGAUCUUUUCCCUAACGACCACGCCAUCGCCAUCAGCAACCGUCCGAGACCCAAACAGGGUAGUCACCACCGCUGGCUCGACCAGCUCAGAAACGUAAGUACAGAUAACAUCGAGAACUACUUGAAAUUCACAGACUCCGACAGCUGUCAUAGUCAUGAUCUAGAAGCUGCCAUUGGCAAACCUCAAGAGAGUGUAUCAGCAUAA